AUGUCCCCGGCGUUCUGGGCCUGGGCAAGCCUGGAGCCCUCUUGUGGCCAAACCGGCCUCCCGCCGGGCGCUACGACGGCUGCCGCCCCGCCGGCGCGACACUUACGGCGCAGCGGCUCCUUUAAGAGCCCGGCGCUGGCAGCCGAGCCAUCGCCAUUUCGAUACGUUAUUACAGCACCAAAGAUCUUCCGUAUUUUAGCAUCGGAGAAAGUGGUAAUUCAAGCUUUUGGAUAUGAGACUGCGUUUCCUGUCAGCAUCUCUAUUAAAAGUUUUCCAGAUAAGCGUACUACUUAUGCUUCUGGCCACACCCAAUUAUCUCCAGCCAACAAAUUCCAAGGCUCUGUAACCUUAACAAUUCAACCGAAAGAUUUGCUAGGAUCAGUGAGUUCAGUCCUGUAUGUGUAUCUGGAAGCUAGUUCUUCACAUUUUACAAGAGAGAAAAAAAUGCCAGUUACCUAUAAAAAUGGAUUUCUCUUUAUUCAGACGGACAAACCCAUUUAUACUCCUGAUCAGUCAGUGAAAAUCAGGGUUUAUUCUUUGAAUGAAGAACUGAAGCCAGCCCGAAGAGAAACUGUCUUAACUUUUGUGGAUCCAGAAGGAGUAAAAGUGGAUAUUACGGAAGAGGAAGACUUUACUGGAAUUAUAUCUUUUCCUGACUUCAAGAUUCCUUCGAAUCCUAAGUAUGGUGUCUGGAAGAUUGAAGCCAAGUACAAAAAGAGUUUCACAACUUCUGCUGUUGCAAAAUUUGAAGUCAAAGAAUAUGCAAUGCCAAGCUUUUUCAUCUCCAUAGAACCAGAAAAUAACAUAAUUAGUUCUGAGAAAUUUGAGACAUUCAGGAUUACUAUUAAAGCUAGGUAUUUUUAUAACAAGAAGGUCACCAGGGCAGAUGUUUAUAUGCGUUUUGGAAUAAUUGAAGGAACUGAAAAAAGGAUGAUGAAAAAAGCAAUGCACGUAACUGAGAUAGUUGAUGGAGUUGCAGAGGUCGAUUUUAAUAGUAAAAAUGCAGUUAAGGAAAUAGGCUACCAAAGCCUAGAAGAGCUAGAUGGGUCAUACCUGUAUAUUGCUGUAACAGUGCUAGAAACUACAGGUGGACUUAGUGAAGAAAGUGAAUUUGCUGGAGUCAGAUAUGCGCUAUCUCCCUACAAAUUGAACUUGGUAGCUACGCCUCUGUUUUUGAAGCCUGGUCUUCCAUUCUUCAUCAAGGUUCAGGUAAAGGAUACAUUGGACCAGCCUGUGGGGAACCUCCCUGUAAUUCUCAGUGCAAAUGUAUUUGAUGAGCAAAUGGAUUCAACUGAGUUGGUACCAGAAGGCUCAGAUGCUGGGACAAGACAAACAAGUGUGAAUGAUGGAACUGCUUUAUUUGUGGUUAAUAUUCCAUCUUCUAGCAAAGCACUAGAAUUUCAACUAAAAACUGCAGAUGCAAGUCUAUCAGAAGAAAAUCAGGCUACUGGAAACUAUGAAGCAAAAGCAUACUCAUCGCUCAGCAAAAGUUAUCUGUACAUUGACUGGGCUUCAAACUAUAAACUACUACGUGUGGGGGAUUAUAUAAGCAUUAAAGUGUAUCCACAUAGCCACUAUAUUCAUAAAAUACAUUGCUACAGCUAUUUGAUAUUAUCCAAAGGGAAAAUAGUAAGUUUUGGAACUCAGGAGAGGAUUAUGAGCUCAGAUUAUGAAAAUCUAAACUUUCAGCUAACGCAAGAAAUGGUUCCUUCAGCCCGUCUCCUUGUCUACUACAUUGUCACUGGAGAGGAAACUGCAGAAUUAGUAGCUGAUUCAGUUUGGCUGAAUAUAGAACAGAAGUGUGGGAAUAGCCUCCAGGUUCAGUUAUUAUCAAACGAACACUCUCAUAAGCCGCGCAAGGUUAUAUCAAUUAACAUGAAAACCCAGUUCAGUUCUUUUGUUGCUUUGUCAUCUAUCGAUAAGGCAAUAUAUGGAAUCACAGGAACAAGAAAGAAGUCUAUGGAAAGAGUACUGUUAGAUUUGGAAAAGAGUGAUCUUGGAUGUGGUGCUGGAGGAGGGCAGAACAAUGUUGAUGUAUUCCGAUUAGCUGGGCUUACAUUUCUAACCAAUGCUAAUGCAGAUGACUCUAAAGUAGCAGACGAAAGUUGUAAAGCAAUUGUAAGACCAAGAAGAUCCAGCUUUGAAGAGGAAAUACAAAACAGAGCAUCCAGAUAUUUGCAUCCAGAGAUUCGGAAGUGCUGUAUGGGUGGAGUAAAAGAAUCUCCUCUCAAAGAGACUUGCGGUCAGAGAGUUGAGCGUAUUAAGAGUCAUCCUAGGUGCAUAAAAGCAUUCAAGGAUUGCUGUGAAUUUGCAACAAAACUACGGGAGAGUGGGACCUACAAAGUUUUAAUAUUGGCAAGAAUGCAUUUUAAGGCUCUACUGGAAUUGGACAAGGCAGAGAUUCGUAGCUACUUCCCUGAAAGCUGGUUAUGGGAAGUCCACCAAGUUCCUCCAGGAUCAAAGACCCUUUCAGUGACUCUGCCUGAUUCUCUGACUACAUGGGAAAUACAAGGUGUUGGCAUUUCAGAUAAAGGCAUAUGUGUUGCUGAUGCACUCCAAGUGCAGGUUUUAAAAGAUGUUUUUGUGAGCAUGCAUAUACCUUAUUCUGUUGUGCGUGGAGAACAAAUUGAGUUAAAAGGAUCUGUUUACAACUACAGAAAUUCCAGAACAAUGUUCUGUGUUAAAGCAACAGUUGGAGAUGGAAUCUGUUUGUUCGAAGGCUCUGCAAGUGCUCAGGAAAGGUUACAGAGUUGUCAAUUUCAGAACCUAGAUGGUUAUUCUGUCACAUCAGUUACAUUCAGAAUACUCCCUCUGGAACUAGGUCUUCAUACAAUCAACUUUACAUUGUUGGCUGAACAGAACAGUGAAGUUUUAGUGAAAACAUUGCGUGUGGUGCCAGAAGGUGUUAAGAGAGAACUUCAUGCAGGCUUUUCUCUGGAUCCACAAGGUGUUAAUGGUAUAAUCAGAAGACGACAAGAAUUUCGAUACAGGACACCAUUUGAUCUGGUCCCCAAAACGAAAAUUGACAGGACUGUGAGUAUAAAAGGACAGCUUAUGGGUGAAGUAAUCUCUGCUGCUCUCAAACGUGAAGGUGUUCAGUUUCUUACUAAUUUGCCUAAGGGCAGUGCAGAGGCAGAGCUCAUGAGUAUUGCUCCAGUAUUUUAUGUCUUUCACUACCUGGAAAAGUCCAAUAACUGGAAUUUACUUGGCCCUGAAACCAUAACAUCAAGAGUUAAUAUGAGGAGGAAGAUGAAAGAAGGUAUUGUAAGCAUCCUGUCAUUCAGAAACAGAGACUUCUCUUACAGCAUGUGGAAAGACGGGACAUCCAGCACUUGGUUGACAGCUUUUGCCUUAAGGAUUUUUGGACAAGUUAGUCUGUAUAUUACUCUGGAUCAAAUUUCUGUUUGUAAUUCAGUGUUAUGGCUGAUUGAAAAUUGUCAAAUGACAGAUGGGUCAUUCAAGGAACUUUCAAGUUAUCAGCCAGUAAAACUACAGGGUACUUUGCCUAAAGAAGCCAAAGAAAAAACUUUGUAUCUCACAGCUUUUUCUGUUAUUGGACUUGCAAAGGCCAUUCAUUUAUGCCCAACACAGAAAAUCCAAGAAGCUAAAAAUGCAGGAGAAGGGUAUUUGCUGAAAAAUGUGCAAGCUGCAGAAAGCACAUUUACCUUGGCAAUAGCUUCUUAUGCUUUAGCUCUCAUGGAUUCAAACCAUCCUGGUGCACGCUCAGCCUUUUCUGCACUGAAGAAGGAAGCUCUUGUAAAAGGUGACCCUCCUGUUUAUCGUUUUUGGAAGGAUACUUCCACUAAACUAGAUAAAUAUGUUCCUAAUGCUGGCACUGCGCAGAUUGUUGAAACCACUGCUUAUGCCUUGCUAACCACUCUCUUGAGUGGGGACAAAGUCUAUGCUGAUCCAGUUGUCAGAUGGUUGUCUGAAGAGCAAAGAUAUGGUGGUGGAUUUUAUUCCACUCAGGACACAAUUAAUGCCCUUGAAGCCUUGACUGAAUAUUCCCUUCUUGUUAAACGUCUUUUGCUGAACAUGGAUGUCAAGGUGGCUUACAAGAAUUAUGGAGACCUUCAGCGCUAUAAACUGACAGAAGAAAAUUACAUAGGAGGGACUCUGGAAGUACCUUUGCACGAUGACAUAUAUGUAAGCACUGGGAGCAGCACUGGUUUAGCAACAGUAAAUGUGAGGACUAUAUAUCAUAAAUUCAGUACUUCUGAGGAGACAUGUGACUUUGAGUUGAAGGUUAAUGUAUUGACAGAUAAAGGUGAAAGAAGAAAAGAUGAUAACCAACCUGAACGUUUAGAAGCUUGCGCAAAGUACAAGCCUAGUGAGAGAGAACCACAGUCAGGGUCUUCCCAUGUAGUGAUGGAUAUAACUUUGGUUAGCGGACUGGAAGCAAAUACAGAAGAUUUAUCUACUCUUGCAAGUGGAGUUGAUCAGUUGAUAACCAAUUAUGAGAUAAAAGAUGGACAUAUUGUUCUACAGAUAGAAUCGGUGCCAGCUAAUAAAUUCAUGUGUGUUGCGUUCCGAAUAGGGGAGAUUUACCGUGUUGGAAUGCGGAGCCCUGCCACAUUCACUGUGUAUGAAUAUCAUGCACCAGAUAAACAAUGCACCAUAUUUUAUAACCCUUUUGGAAAUGACAAACUUCUGAGGCUGUGUGAAGGAGCUGAGUGCAAAUGCAUGGAAGCGGAAUGCAGUCAAAUGCAAAAGAAAUUAGAUCUGACAAUAACUGCUGAUAGGAGGAGAGAAGCUGCAUGCCAGCAAGUCAUUGCAUAUGUCUAUAAGGUAAACAUCUUGUCCUCCAGUGAAGAAGGUAGUUUUAUUAAGUAUACUGCAGCUCUUCUGGAUCUCUAUAAAACAGGAGAGGCUUUUGCCCAAAAAAACACUGAAAUCACCUUUGUUAAAAAGAAGACUUGUACUGAUGUUAAACUGAAUCCAGGAAAUCAGUAUUUGAUCAUGGGAAAAGAGGCCUUUCAGAUAACAGUUGGUUUCAGUUUCAAAUACCAGUAUCCAUUAGACUCUGUGACUUGGAUUGAGUGGUGGCCUUCAAAUACAGCUUGUGCAUCUUGUAAAAAGUUUGUAGAUACAAUGGAAGAAUUUUCUGAAGAGCUCUUUCUCAAUGGCUGUUAACUUCCUUGGGAGAAUUCUGCUGAGUAAAAAUUGCAUAUUGUCUCACUAAAAAAAUGUAUUCUUAGCUGCUUAGUAAUUCUUUCCAAACUUUAACAUUCUUAGGUAGGUUGACUUGGAAUGUUUCAUUUACUUAUAUUUAACAGCAUCUGUUUUUAUAAGAUAAUUAUUUUAGAAUUGUAACUUUUUGCAUUGACGCUAGGGUGGGACAGGGAAAGUUUUCCAGAAAUACUGCAAGGACAUUUUAAAGUCAGAUGAAAUUAAAUGGAACACCAUUUUUAAAAAAAGAAAUAGAGAAAUAUUGCCUUGUGCCAAAACAGUUGGACCCACUGAAAUGCAAUAUCUUAUUAAAACAUAUCCUUCCUCAA